AGCGGAAGAACACCUCUUCUACUUAUUGGCCAUUUGAAUAGCUAAAAUUUCAUCCCAAUCCUAGAAAGAAUGACACUAGCAAUAAUCUCCUCAAUCUCACUUCUAUACAUAAUACUAAUUCCCAAAUCAAUUUCCCUUCCAACCUAUUUGUACAACUCCUGCCCAAACAACACCUUCGCCCCUACCACCAAAUACAAAACCAACCUCAACACACUCCUCCACUCCCUCUCCACCAACGUCUCCACCAACCCCACCGGUUUCUAUGCCACAUCCGCCGGAAACGGCACCCGCGAUGCCAUCUACGGCCUCUACCUCUGCCGCGGUGAUCAAAACACAACCUCGUGCACCGACUGCGUUAAAACCGCCACCACCACCGACUUACCACAAACAUAUUGCACCAACUCAAUAGUGGCAACAAUAUGGUACGACGAGUGUAUGGUGCGUUACUCCAACGAGUCCGUUUUAGGUAAACUUGCGAAUACUCCUAAGGUGAGCAUGAUGAACACCCAAAGGGUAAACGGAAACCAAACCCGGUUCGCCGAAAUGAUGCGGAAAACCGUGAACGAUAUGGCGGUUCAGACCGCUAAUAACCGGUCCGGGGUGAAAUUCACCUCGAGAACGGUGAAUUUCACGAGAUCAAUCACGUUGUACGCGUUGGAACAGUGUACGCCGGACUUGACUGCUAAUGACUGUAAUCGAUGCUUGAUGGGUGCGAUUGGGCAGCUCUCGGUUAUGCAAGGUGCAAGGGUUUUGCAACCUAGUUGUAACAUUCGGUAUGAGAUUUACCCGUUUUAUAACGGUGCGGUUAAUUAUACGUUGUCUCCGGCUUCUAACUUGGUUUUGCCCUCCAUCAAUACUGGAAAGAAGAAAUUAUCAGCCAAGGUGGUCAUUGCCAUUGUUGCUUCAGUAGUUGUGACAUUAUCGGCAAUGCUUGGGAUGUGCGUAUUUUUCAUCAAGAAGAGAUCUAAGAAGCAUCAUUCUUUACCCAUUGGACAUAGCGAAGAUUUUACAAGUGUUGAAUCCUUGCAAUACGAUUUGGGUACACUUCAAUGUGCAACAAACAAUUUUUCAGAUGAAAAUAAAUUAGGUGAAGGUGGUUUCGGAGGAGUCUACAUGGGAGUAUUGUCAAACGGGCAAGAAAUAGCUGUGAAGAGGUUGUCUAAAAGCUCAGGUCAAGGUGUACAAGAAUUCAAGAACGAGGUAUUGUUAGUGGCAAAGCUUCAACAUCGAAAUUUGGUGAGGCUAUUAGGAUUUUGCAUAGCAGGAGAUGAAAAGUUGCUUGUUUAUGAAUACGUCCCCAACAAAAGCCUAGACCAUUUCCUCUUUGAUCCAGAAAAGAAAGGACAAUUGGAUUGGGAAAGACGGUACAAAAUCAUAGGAGGGGUUGCUCGAGGGAUGCUUUAUCUCCACCAAGAUUCUCGGCUUAGAAUCAUACAUCGCGACCUGAAAGUAAGUAAUGUGUUGUUGGACAUUGAUAUGAACCCCAAAGUUGCAGAUUUUGGGAUGGCAAGGAUAUUUGGUGUGGAUCAAACCCAAGGAAAUACAAGUAGAGUUGUUGGAACCUAUGGUUAUAUGUCUCCGGAGUAUGCAAUGCACGGACAAUUCUCUGUUAAGUCUGAUGUCUAUAGCUUUGGCGUGCUAGUUUUAGAGACUAUUAGUGGCAAGAGGAACAGUAGUUUCUACCAGUCAGGCUACGCCGAGGAUCUUCUAAGCUUCGCAUGGAAGAAAUGGAGAGAUGGGAUACCAUUAGAGUUUGUGGAUGAAACCGUAAGAGACUCGUGCUCACUUAACGAAGUCAUGAGAUGCAUGCACCUCGGCUUGUUAUGUGUUCAAGAGUCUAUUGAUGACAGACCUACAAUGGCAACGGCGGUGCUCAUGUUGGAAAGUCACUCAGUCACUCUUCCAAUGCCAGAUCAACCAGCUUUCUUUAUCAAAAGUUAUGUAAAAGGCGAUAACACGGAUCAAUCAACGAGCAAGUCUAUGCCGUGGUCAAUGAAUGAUAUAUCUGUGACUGAAGUUGAAGCUCGAUAGACCAUGGCUACACAGAGAAAUCUGCUAGUAUGAACAAAUUGUUGCCACUAUUGGUCUUAAGGCGAUCUAUCUAGCAUAAGUUUUUGCUAAUAAUACUGCUGUUUAUACUUAUUUUACUACGUUUACGUAUAUCAAAUUGCGUAACAAUCAAGUUCUAUCAGUUAAGUAGGACCUUUAAUACUUUUUCUUUCAUAAGUAAGACUUAUUAAAAACUCUCAUCAAAGGUUAAACAAACUAAGUGAUAAAUUAGGU